UGUUGGAGACCACGACCACUCACCCUGCCGUCCGGGGUCACAGUCGACGGCCGGAGUCGGCGGCAGCGCCCAGUCGAGCAGACCGCAGCGCGUGGACGGGACGGUCAAACAGCGGUCUUCCCCGCAGAAACGACCAGCGGCCACCCCGACAGGACUAUCGUGAAGGUCACCGUGAUGGUUAUCAGCUUGAAAAGGAGGGUCAUGAGGGCGCCGGCAUGCCGGAGGAUCUGCAGCGGGGAAGGGGUCUUCAGGACCCAGUGUGUCAGCCACCGGCGGUGGAGACUUCAGUGGCUGAUUUGUCCGAGGCCGAUUUGUCCGAGGCCCGUUUCUCCGAGGCCCGCUUUCCUGAGGCGGAAUUCCGUCGUCAAGUACCACCCUCGCCCGUGAACCCUUUGGCCUGGGACCAGGAGGCUGAGAAGCGAGCGGCCAGAGAGGUCCAAGCCAAACCGACACCCCGGAGUGAAGGGCCAGGCCGGUUUGCACAACUUACCCCAGAGCGGAGUCAGUCCCGUGGGACACAGGGGACUCGAACCCCGGUCCUGAACCUCGGACAAAACCUCAGCUUCGGUCAAAGUCCCAGCCACUACGGACUUCCUGGGCACAGUGUAGCGCAUCAUGCCCUUUCUGAUGGGCAUCUGGUUAGAGCGGUGGAAGGAGCAGUGAGAAGAGCCGAGUAUCCGCCUAGAAGGGAGACACAUUUCCAACAUUAUAGCAGAUCCGGCAGAUCGUCAGGCCUUAUGAGCCACCCCUCUGGCGGCCUCAUGGAACCACCUUUUUCACACGGGACGCAAGAAUACGGGACUCAAGAACACGGGACUCAAGGAUACGGGACUCAAGGAUAUGGGACCCAAGGAUAUGGGACCCAAGGAUACGGUACAGGAGAACAUGGUACCCAAAUGCGGAGUGGUACGCAAGAGUACGGGACGCAAGGAUAUGGCGGCCAAACGUAUGAGCUCCAGAGAUCUGCCCAGAGAUGGGACACUGUACCGGAGCCUAGAGGCUGGCGAGAACCUUGCGACGCACCCUUGUAUUGCCCACCCAGAGACCCCCCGGUCAGGCUGCUGCCCUGUCCUGAUGGGGUGUACAUAUUUCCCCCGCCGCCAGGACUCUAUCCAGAAUAUGAAAUGAACCCUUUUUUCAGAAGGAACGAGCGAUGA